GCUGCAAAAUGUACAACCAAAGCGAUCAAGAUGCGUGCUAAAUCCUCGUUCACUUACUUUGUAACCGUUCCCUCGUUAGUGCACACUUAUGCUAGGCGUCUACAAUAACACGUUCAGACGUUCAGCCGAGCAUCUUUCUGCUGUAAGCCUCGAUCCUAAAAGAGGAUAGAAGGCGUGGCCUGUACCAUGGAAAGAUGAGUAAAGCAACCCGAGUUCGAGUCCUCUCAUGAGGCAGGUGCACAUCAAAACGCACCUGUUGCAAGCAUGGGAAAACUACAGAGCAAGUUGCAUCGGCGCUCUGAUGUGUACAGGGCCAAGGAAGGGGCGGAGCCUGCACCUGUGCCCCAGGUAGUGCAGUAUGAGCCUGCCCACACAGAUGCUGUCAAUUGUGUCAUCAGCCUGACCUCUAACCUCUGUGUAUCAGGAGGGACCGACAAGGCUGUCGUUGUGUAUGACUGGAGAGGUGGAAAGCCGUGUAAAUCUUUCCAUGGCCACAGCAGAGAAAUUACUAAGUUGUGUUGUUGUAAAGGUAAAACCUGGAUCCUCAGCUCAUCUCGUGAUAAAACGGUUCUGAUGUGGGAUUUGGGUCGAGAUCAAGAACCAAUUCAGGAAUUCUGUGGCCAUGAGCUGGUAGUGAAUGGAGUAGCAGUCAGCCCAGAUGGUUCACAGUUAUGCACAGGAUCUCGGGAUAACUCCAUGUGUCUCUGGGACAUCGAGUCAGGAAAAUGUCUGCAGAGAAACACCAUCUCGCGUAACCUGGUGACCCAUUUAUGCUGGGUACCAGACAGCACAUCUAUUGUCCAAACUUCAGAAGACAAAACUAUCAGGAUAUGGGACAGUCGUACCUGGCAGGUCACGAACACAUUUCCAGCGAAGCAGUACAUUCAGACACACUGUGACAUAAGUCCCAACUGUUUCCACCUGCUGUCCGCCAGCAACGGUUUCGGUGGUCAGGGUUGUGAAUCUACUCUGUGGGAUCUCAGGCAGCCGGGUUGUAAGGUGACUGAAUACAGAGGACACCUGCAGACCACAGCGUGCUGUGUGUUUUUACCACCUCGCCCCGGAUGUCCUCCCCUCGUUGCGUCAUCGUCAUACGACAGCUCAGUAAAAAUAUGGGAUCAAAACACUGCAGCCUGUUUGGCCACAUUAAUGUUAGACGGUUCGGGUCCUUUGGUGUCUCUGGCUCCGUGUGACUCCAGUACUCUUCUUUGUGCCAGCUUUAACACCGGACUACAUCAACUGUAUCUGGAUCAGGGAACAGCACCCAGCAUUAUUGAAGUUGCUCGCUUUUAAUUCGCAAGGGUGGUGUAAAUAUGAAUGUACAAACACUGAAUCCUGAAGGAGGGAGAGGAGAAAAUAUUACUGCUUUAGUGAUUCAACAAGAGAUUAAACUCUCUGCAUUUAAUAUUCA